AUGGAUUUCUUAGUGUUAUUUAUUGGUUACAUCAUGUCCUUUGUGAUAGGCUCUAUACUAUAUUAUUUUAGAGAUUCACAAUUUUUGAACACAGGAGUAUUUGGUAUGAUUAAACACAGUAUUGGUCAGGCAUAUUAUAAUGUGGCCCCUACAACAUUAGUAAGAUGGUUAAAUAAGAUAGCUGACUCAGUUUUGGGUUCAAGUAAUCCUUUCAUGCAGAUAAUGUUUUGUUUAAUGGUAUUAUUAGGACAUAGUAUACUAGUUAUGGAUGUUUUACCAUAUCUAUUUGUAUAUGAACCGAAUAGUGACCAUGUUACCAUUCCAGCUAUCUUAUGUUUUACCAACUUUUUCUUCAUGCAUCUGAGUUGUACACCCGAUUCAGGUGAAAUUAACAGUAAAAAUCAGAAAUAUUUUAUGUCUCUGUAUGAACCUGAUGGUAUAUAUUAUUAUGAAGAUACUGUAUGUAAAACAUGUAACAUAAUUCGACCUCCUCGCUCCAAACAUUGUAGUACAUGUAAGAAAUGUGUUCAUCGUUUUGACCAUCAUUGUGUAUGGACUAAUAAUUGUGUGGCAGGUUUCAAUCAACGCUGGUUUAUACUAUAUCUGAUAUCAGUAUGUAUUAUGUGUGGCAACGGUACCUAUAUGACUUAUAAAUGUUUGAAAUUAAUAGUUAGAAAUAAGCGACUAAUGGAAACAGCUUAUGUGGAUGAAAGUACUAACUCAAUACAACCGAUUUCUUAUUAUGUUUUAAUACAGCAUUUAUUUAUGAACUAUCCCCAUACCAUGUUUUUACUGUUUGCUCUACCAUCAGUUAUAAUACUACUAGGCUCUCUAGCUUCCUACCAUAUAUACCUAGUAUGUACUAAUCAAACCACUAAUGAACGUUAUAAACUCUAUGAUGUCCAACGGAGAUAUAAACAUGAAGGUAAAAACGCGUCUACCAUAACGGAUCUACAUUCAUAUCGUCCCUAUGAUAAAGGCUUUAUAGAGAAUGUUAAAGAGGUGAUGUUUCCUAAGAAACAGUUAGAUAAAUUAUUUCAGAAAAAAGAGUCCUGA